UUUGCAGGUCAUCUUUCUGCUUGGACGCUCACUGGUGUCAUAUUCUCCCUUGAGCGAUAUCUUUGCACCUGAACAUCCUGUUCUUAUGAGACCGUGUAGCAUUGGGACUACUUUUUCACCCGCUGGACUGCCUAAGACGAAUGCCCACAAUAAUGGUCCUAGUCUAAAUCUUAAAGUGAAGUUUCUCAAGUCUACAAAGGAGAUAUUGUUUGGUGAAGCCACAGAUGAGUUCUUUGAUUUCCUGUGUAGCUUUCUCACCACUCCUAUUGGAUCAAUGAUACAUGUUUUGGAAGGGCAAUCGGGUCUAAAAUGCAUGGAUAACUUGUACAAAAGUGUGGUCUUGUUGGAUCAGAAAUGGUUUCGUUCACCGGAGAAGUGUGGCUUACUCCACCCCAGCACUGCUGAAUAUCACACCUGCAAGAAGCAGCCUCUCAAAUUUGAUAAUAACCAUUUUCGAAGUAUUUAUGCUAUUAACCCCAAGGGCAGUAGUAAUAAUUUUGCGACGAAGCCAUCCGAGUUCUUGGUUCCGGUUGAUCUCGCCGUGAAGCCGCUCUCCACUUUCCUCUUGCUUCAAGAAUUGAAGAUUCCUCUCCGUGAAACUGAGGUGCAGUGUAUCACUGUCGGCAUUAAAGAGGCGUUGAGCUUACUGAAGGCUGCUU